AUGACGAGCGGCGCGACGGUGUCGGGCGUGGCCGCGCCGCCGCCGCCCCGCGCGCCCCCUCCGCCCGCCGCCCCGCCGCGGCCGGCGCACGGCCGGGCGGCCCGGGCCCCGGCGGGCGCCGCGGCCGGUGCGCCGCUGCGCCAGCUGCUGCAGCAGCCCGCUGGCGAGCGGCCCCGCGCCGGCGGCGCGCCCGCGGCCGCGGGCUCGGCGCCGCCCGCGGCGGGCUCGGCGCCGCCCGCGGCGGCUCCCGCGGCUCCCGCGGAGGACCGGUUGCUGCCCCUGCGGCGCGGGCGUGGAGGGCCCGCGGCCUCCGACGCGCCCGCGGCGCCGCUCGUGCGGGCCGACGCCCCCGGCGCGGCGGCUCCCGUUGACAGCCGUGUGCUGCCCCUGCGGCGCGGGCGUGGCGGGCACCGCGCGGCUUCGGGCCAGUCGCAGGGCGCGGGCGCGGCGCCGUUGGGCGGCGCCGUGGGCGCGGCGGCUCCUGUGGACAGCCGCCUGCUGCCCCUGCGGCGCGGGCGCAGAGGGCACGACGGGGCCGCUGGCCAGUCGCGGGGGUGGGAGGUGCUGGGCGCCGUUCCCCCGAUCGGGCACCGCAUGCUGCGCUUCCGGAAGAGGCUCGCGCGCGAGGAGGCCGCGGCGUCAGCUGGGUCGCAGGCCGUCGGGCUGCCGCCGCGCUGCCCGCCGCUGGAGCCGCCAGACCCGGGCCUGUACCCAGAGGAGUUGGCGCGCAAGGAGGGCAGGGAUGUGUUCUUCACGAUGUUCGACCCAGAGCGGAGGGAGUGGCGCGACGUGCGGCAGUUUCCAAUUGCUUCUCGCCGCAUCAAUCGGGUGAUGACGGAGCUGCCGCGCUUCUUCUCCGGGGAGCCGCGCGCCAGAGAAGAGGUGUUCGAGGUGGAGCUAAUGUCGAACACGGCAGGCGGGGCGCUGGUCUGCCUGAAGUUCCACCGGCCCCUCCAGCAGGCCGAGGACGUGGCGAUGGCAGCCAGGCUGGUGGAGCAGCUGGGACUGGAGGCGGCGGUGCUGCGGGCAAAGGGGCAGAGGCUCGCUGCUACCAGCGUCGGCCCCGCAGGCGCCGACGGCCAGGAUGCCGCGCACGCGGCCGCGGCCGCCGGCGGGGACCUCGUGGAGACCACAAGGGUCGGCGGUCACUCGUUCCCGCAGCUGCUGCAGGAGACCAGCUUCUUCCAGACGAACCUGCAGGUGAACCGGGCGAUGCAGCGGUGGGCGGUGGCGCAGACGCUGCCCAGCCGCUGGCCGCCAGAGCGAGACCUCCUGGAGCUGUUCUGCGGCAACGGCAACUUCACCCUGCCCCUCGCUGGCAACUUCCGCGCGGUGCUCGCGACGGAGCUGAGCCACCGGUCCGUCGCGGCGGCCGAGGCGUGUGCGUCCAGCGCGGGCAUCGCGAACGUGUCCAUCAGGCAGAUGCGAGCCGAGCUGGUGGGCUCGCUGGACGCUGACGAGUUCGACUUCGGGACCCUGCUGGUGGAUCCGCCCCGGCGGGGCCUGGACGAGCACUCGCUGGCCGUCGCAGGCCGGAUGCCGAGCGUGAUCUACGUGUCUUGCGGCCCGGAG